UCUCGGAUAUAAAGAGAUGACUUCAACAAAACCAAGUCAGUGUUGUUUGGCUCGCAAAAAAGUCGACAUACAUUCAUUGGACAGUAGCGUCAGCUCUCACAUACUAGAUGCGGUAUAAUGGACACUAAACCGACAGAAUCGAAGACACUGCCCCCUGCCCAGGCACGUCCCGUAACGCUGGAGGAGGCAUUCCUAAUGACGAAGUUUGGGCUGUACAAUCUGUGCCUGAUCGCCAUUUCCGGCAUCAUCUUGGCAGCCGUGCUGCUCGAAACGCUUGGCAUUAGUUACGUGCUGCCAGUGGCCGAGUGCGACCUGCUGCUGACCACCAGGGAGAAGGGCGUGCUGAGUGCCAUCUCGUUCGCGGGCAUCAUUUGCAGCUCGCAUCUUUGGGGCUUUCUGGCGGAUACACGUGGCCGGCGGGCAAUCAUUUUGCCAACGCUGUUUCUUGCCUUUGCCUCAUCGGCUCUCUCUAGCCUAACCACAAACUUCUGGUUGAUCACCGUGAUGCGAUUCUUGACGGGAUUUUUCAUUUCCGGCCCAUCCGCCACUAUCUACGCGUACCUGGGGGAAUUUCAUGGCAAGCGCAACUGCUCCCGUGCAAUUAUGGGGGCAUCGUUUGUGUUCGGUCUCGGCUCGAUCCUGCUGCCGCUGAUCGCCUGGUCCAUCAUUAACCAGGAGUGGGAGCUUGCCAUCCCGCUGCUCGGCAUCGUCUACCGGCCCUGGCGAUUGUUUCUGGUCGUUUGCGCACUGCCCAGCUUUGUAGCCGCCCUGGUACUGCUCGGACUGCCCGAGAGUCCGAAGUAUCUGCUGGCCCGCGGACGGGAGCAGGAAACGAUAGCCGUACUACGCAGCAUGUACCGGUGGAACGCCGGUAGGAAGGAUCCGCCGCUCGCGCUCACCGGCGUACUCCAGGAAACGGAAGCGCAACAGACAAAGGUGAGGCGUGAGGAGGCGGCCAGCGGCAAGAGCAUGGUGGGUCUGCUGAAACAGAUGUGGUACCAGACGGCACCACUAUUUAUGGGCUCGUACCUGAAGCGGACGGCGAUCCUCUGUGUGCUCCAGUUCGGCAUCUAUCUCACCUCGAGCGGGAUGUACAUGUUCUUCCCGGACAUACUGAACCGGAUAGCCGAGCAGCAGGGCAAGGGUGUCGAGCGGACGACCGUGUGCAAUGCGGUGUACGCCACCAGGUUCGACAUCCAGGAGCUGGCGGGCUUGGGCGGCAAUGGGACGGCCCGGUCCGACCUGUGCCACCAGAAGCUGGACAUUUCCGCCUACGAGCAUUCGUUCGUGCUGGAAGCGAUCUAUGCGCUCGGGUUCGCCGUCAUCGGGCUCAUCAUCAAUGCAGUUGGGCGACUGCCGAUUCUGGUGUUUAUUUUCGCGCUCUGUGGCACCUGCGGCGUGCUGAUCGUGUUCAUCGAUCUGCCUCUGCUGGCCAUCUGGUUCUAUCUGAUCCUGCUCACGUGCGGCUUCUGCAUCAGUGUGGUGAACGCUUGCACCAUUGACCUGUACCCUACGAAUUUACGAGCGAUGGCAGUUUGCAUCUCGCUGAUGUUCGGACGGCUCGGUAGCAUUGUUGGCUCGAAUCUGGUCGGCUUUCUGCUCGACACGCACUGUGAGCUUACGUUCUGGAUCUCCGGUCUGCUGCUGGUCGGGUGCGGAGUGCUAUCCUUCUUCAUACCCAACAUUUACAAACGGAACGUGUCGGAAGAUCGGCUCAGUGUAUCGUCACGAUGAGAGAAGCACAGUUUGGGGCAUUCUAACGGUUAGGAAAUGUUUUUUUUUUUGUAAAUUGUGACAUACCUUACGACUAUUGCAACGAACCUAAACUCAGGAAUCUGAAAAGGGUGCCAACUAGAUCACCAUAUAGUUAACGUUGGCUCAUGAAUCUUGACAUCCAACACUCUCCGAUUUGUUUUUGAAAACCAAGUUGGAAAUCAUAUGAACGAUUCAUUCACUUUUUUUAAAUUCAUAACUGUUGCAAGAUUAAGAUUCAAGAUUUAAUUUCGUAAUUUUAAUAAUGCUCGCUUGAAGAUUACCAUAACUCAACAUCUUGAAAAUAUUCAUAAAGUUUUGCGCAAACUAUGCCGCUUACAGUUAGUGUGAGUAGUUUUUUAUCUUGUGUAUAAUAUAGAGACUGAUACCUUAAAAUCAUCGCAAUGGAAAACAAAGCGUUUAUUUAUAAACUUGUUCGUAGCAACUCACAUCUGUAGCAAUAUUAAA